GGGCAAGUUGAAAAUCUUUUACCAAUACUUGUUUUGGUAUAUACAGGCGGAUUUGAGACACAAUCAAUGAGACGUUACAAAGACUUUGAAGACAUUGGAAGGAAAUAUUUAUCAAAAGGAAUCUUGGUAAUUGCUGUACAAUUUAGAAUUGGAUUUUUAGGAUUUUCUUCCAUUGGAAAUCCUCACCAACAACUUGCUGGGAAUUUUGGUUAUUGGGAUAUUGCAGAAGCUUUAAAUUGGAUUAAAUUAAAUGUUAAAUCAUUUGGUGGGGAUCCAGAAAGGAUUACUUUAUUUGGAUAUUCUGCUGGUUCUACAGCUGUUACGACGCUUGGAAUUUCUCCUCAUACAAGAGAUUUAUUUCAACAAUCUAUCCAAAUGAGUGGUUCAAUUUUUACCUCGAGAGCAGCAAAUGACCGUGUUAUUUCUGUGAGCAAUCAUCUCUUUACUGAAUUGGGUUGUAUUUCAAACACAACAGAGCAAUUGAAGGAAUGUUUAAAGACAAAAGAUAUUGAAGAAUUUUUUGAUGCGAUGGAUAUAAUUGGUUCAACAAUUCCCGAUGUCAAUUAUGAUAUUUUUGGACCUAUUAUGGAUAAUGAUUUUUUGCCCAAAGAAUUUAUUGAAUUAAUUAAUGAAACAAAGCCAAGACCAACAAUUUUGGGAAUUACAGAAACGGAUCCACUUGGAUACUGUAUAUGA